AAUUAAUGUUUACCAAAUUAGUCAACUGCUGUAAAUCGUAAAUUAUUUUCAGUAAAUAUGGAGCAUAUGGAGCGUGAUCCUGAGGGAAAACAAGCCAUGUCCCUGAGACUGUCCAAGGUGCUCGGUAAUAUCGGGGUCAACAGGAAGAUGGUCAUCGUGAGGAGAAAGACACGGUUGAUCAUGGAAAAGCUUGAAACAGUCUACAAUAAUUCCUGCCGAGGAUAUACCGUACAAAUCAAUUACUUUGGCAGUCAAUCGGAAGGCACGACGACAUUGGGAAUGGAAUCUGAUAUAGAUAAGUUUUGUAAUGACACUGAAACACCUGUACUGCUGGAACUGUCUGACUGGCAGCCUGGACGAAUCUGGAGUCUGCUGGUUCUAAAGAAUGAAAAUUCCCCGCCCCAACACUGCAACCUGCAGAUGCUUAGGCCCGACCGUCCACUACCAGUGACACUUGACAACUUGAUUCCAGUGGAAAUGAAGAAUGAUAUAGAAGUGGACAUAGAUGGGAGGUUGCUGCUUAAAAACACCCGAUUGGACGAACUGACUAGAGCCUAUGGAAAAAACGAAUACAUCAUAAAAGGUCCGUCAAGAAGUGUGGUUAAAGGUUAUGAUAUAGUGUAUGCGCUUUCAUGUACUAGAAGACCAGAUGAAUGCGUGUACCUCUUCCGCAGACCACGACCGGGGCAUUGGCCGAGACCUGCGAUAUUGGAAAAGGCAAGGAAAACUCAAACGUAUUUUGUCCAACAGGGAUAUUCUGAAAGCUAUCAUAAGCAAUUGGAAUGGAGAAUUACUACGCCAAGUAUAGACAGGCUGCUGAUGUUUGAUCUCAAUAUGAUCAAACUUAAGGUAUACACAUUUCUCAAAGUAUUAAGAAUAACAUAUUUUAAGCCCAUGUUUGGUGAUAGGUUAAGCACAUUCCACUUUAAGACAGCCUUCUUUUUCACCGUGGAAACCUAUCCACCUGUGAUCUGGAAAAAGAACAAUCUGCUUCAGUGUGUGAUCUACUGUCUUACCACAUUCGAGCGCUGGUGUAGGAUACAUUAUUGCCCACAUUACACGAUUUCUGGUGUGAACUUGUUUGUAGGCAAACUGAAUAAGUUUGAGCUGCCCAGUAUCUCAGAAAUGUUGUCAGACAUGAUAGAAAACAUAAACAAUUAUGUGGCAGACAUAAAAAUGGACCGAUUGGGUGAGAGAAUGCUACGGUUAACAGGAACCAAACUCCCAAUCGUUAACCUAUCGACAAGACUUGAAAAUAAACUGAACAUACUGCAAGACUGCUUGACGCAACUUCUAAUUAAAUUUCACCACUUAUCAACAAUGUUGGGAGGAGGUUCAAAAGAGGAAAGUGCCAUGCAGCUGAUGAUAAAUUAUUGCAGUUUGGUAGACGCUCACCAUGCAUUCAUACAGGACACUACUGAAAAGGAGUUCGCAAAGGAUGUCUUUUCCAUGUUAAUCAAGUCUUCCAAUGUUGUCUUAGCCUCAUUGCAGGCUUCAGUUUGCAAAAAGUCACAUCAAGAUAUCACAGAAGAAAUAAUCGACCAGUACCAAGCUUCUAUGGAUGUGUCUUCCGGCGGAUUGAAAUUCGCCUCCAUGUUGUACUGCAAUGGUCGCUAUGAGAAGGCAGCUGCUGUAUUAAAACACAUUGAGGAACUAAUGCAUCCAGACGUGUGGCACUUUAGUUUAAGUAAAGGAAGGAUGACCUUUAGACCUAGUCGUAUCUUUCUGAUGAAAGCACUGGACCUACCGCUUUCAACGGUUGUGAAUACAUCAGUUGCACUUAGUGUCACGUUCUGCCGUCAGGAACUAUACUGUUUACCCAAACAUUUAAUAUAUGAGAUGUACAGAACGUUCACACAUACAGACUUCCAACAACGCACAUUUGAUGAAAAUUAUAUGGACGGUGCAAGUAUUGAAUCUGUUCCAUUUCUCUACUUCUUGCAGUAUCUCACAUACAGACAGCUCAGACAAGAUGACAAAAAACGUGCAUCAGUAAGUAAACUUGCAGACUACCUCGAUGAUGAAAGAAAUUGGCAUGGCUAUCUCGAGACAGCAUACAAUACACUGGGUCACUGUUAUGAACUGGAGAACAGACUUGACCUGGCCUGGCAGUGCUACUCUAGAUCACUAAGUGUGUUUCCCUUCAACAAUGCUGCAAGUUGGCACAUGGCAAUUUUAAUGUACAAUCAUUACCGUUCACGUUGCGACAACCAUGCAUUUUAACGCUGUUUAAAAAUUGUUUACUGGUUGCUCAAAACGUUGUGAUGCGAUGAGAGUAGCUCAACAUUUAUAAAGUUGUGACAACGCUAAGGCAUAAUGUUGAUACAGCGUUGUCACAACGUUAUGUGUUUACUGCAUGUUGAUGAUUUAACACAUGUGUGAUCUGAAAUUGCCGAAACGUGCUUUUAUACUAUUAAUUUAAGCAUACUAUCUACACUAUAAACAUUUGAAUAAGGAGGUAAUAAGCCUUUAAUAUUGACUGAUCAAUAAACAUUUGAAAAUGCUUGUAUCAACUUCUAUCUCAAAAUUCUAGAAGAAACCUUAAGAGAGUCAUUGGGCAACUGGCCAGUAUUAUAUAACGUAAAGUUGAUGUUAACAGUGAUUUUUUGAUAAAACAUGUCUGAUUAUUUGGAGGAUAGAAAAUUAUAUAUUUCGAAACUAAUGUUAUGAAUCAUGCACUUAUUAUUGGUAGAGUUGAC